AUACAGGAGAUAGUUUGACCCUUGAUAUCGCAUUGCGCUUCCCUUGCGUGCUAUUGUUGCCGUCCUCUACUUGAAUAUAGAGUUGUCUUAUUCAGACUCUAGCAUUAAGACUGGGUGAAGAAUUGAAUGGAGGUUUGAUAAAUUAUUAAAUUGCGUUAUGAAAUUUGUUCCGGAAGAGCUUAUACAAGACAAGAUCAUGAGCAAACAGCAAACCACAAAGGUUUUGUUUCUCCAGAAUCUUAAGAAUUGGGGGCUCUAUUGGGAUUUUGAGAUGGGGAGCUCAGCGGAUGAGUCAAAUGACAAUGGAGGCAUUGACCCUUCUGUGGGAGGGUUGGUUUGGGUCCGGAGGCGUAAUGGGUCGUGGUGGCCUGGUCGGAUAGUGGCCCUUGAUGAGAUUUCUGAAAGCUGCUUGGCCUCUCCGAAAUCAGGCACUCCAGUUAAGCUUCUUGGCCGUGAUGAUGCAAGCGUGGAUUGGUAUAAUCUUGAGAAAUCCAAGAGGGUGAAGGCCUUCCGUUGUGGGGAGUAUGAUCAAUGUAUUGAGAAGGCAAAGGCCUCUGCAGCCAAUCCUAAUAGAAAGGCAGUGAAAUAUGCUCGCAGGGAAGAUGCAAUUAUCCAUGCACUUGAGCUUGAGAGUGCUCUUCAGGGAAGGGAUCAUCAAUAUGUCUACUCCAAAAUGAAUAAUUUGGUUGGGGAGCAAAGUAGUCCUGCUCAAGUGUCUCCUACAAUAUCUCAUUCUGGCGAAGAUGAUGAGCUGAUCAAUGAAGAGAGUGAUUCUGAAGACGAUUCAGGUUCAGCGCAGGAAUUAUCACAAUCUGGCAUAUCAUUUGAAGAGCCAACUCAUAAUGGUGCUUCAAAGGUGCAAUCUGGGCAAGGAAAGAGAAGAAAACCGUCAAAUGAUUCAGAGGAUGAUGGAACAGAAGCAAUUAAGCGGAUGAAAGGAAUCGAAGAUCUGGGAAUGUGUGUAGGAUCAAAGAGAAAACUUUCUGGAGGAGGAGCAGUUGAGCUCGUUCAACAUGACUGUAGUCCACUUUAUGAUUCUCACACUGGCAACGGCAUGUCUAAUGGGAGUCCUGUCAAUGGAAGCAAGGGUUAUAAUUCCUCUCUGAAAGGAAAGAGGUCCCAAGUGGCAAAUGUGCAUGAGUUGAAAAGGAAAUAUCGUCGCCGCCCACUGACUAAGGUUUUGGAAAGUACAGCUAUGGUGUCCAUUCCAGUUGCUUGUGAGGAACUUCCUAGUUCAAAUGGUUCAUCUCUGUGUGAACUUUCUGAUGCAAAGGUUUCUGGAAUGGAAUCUAACGAGUCGAGGAAAGGUAUUUCCAUGGUAGUUAACAAUAACUCAGACAGCACUGGAGUAUCAUGUGAGACCUCAUUACAUGUUUCGGAAAAUGUAUGUGAUGCCUCACUGACUAAUAACAAGACAAAAGAGAAUGACAUUUCCAGCAUUUCAGUUUUGGCCACUGAAGAUACUCAUGACAAGUUGUUUGAUGACCCAUUUGUAGGGGAGGAAAAACACUCUGCAGUGUUUUGCAAUCUGAUUCUUGAAGCUAAUUUACUAUCAGAUCUUUGUCCUGUGGAUGGUGCAUUGGCAAGGCAAUCUAGUCUAAGUAGUCAAGCUGAAGUUGUGUCUUUGAAAAACGAGGGACUUAAUGAAUCUGGUCUGACCAGUUUGACAGCUGUUCUUGUUGAUGAUUUAUGCCGGAGUUGGGAGAAAGGUACAACGUGGCUGCUAACAGGAAAGAGGAACAUGAGAAAAUUAAGUAAAAAUAGUAUACAAGACUCGGGAAGAUAUGUGGGCGUGGAUGAUGUAUCCAAUGCAUAUUUGGCUGGAACAGAGCGCUUGGAUGGACUCCAACUGGGUGCUGUUCAGAAAGUUGAUUGUGAUGGCACUGGUGGAUCUGAAACUCUAAACAAUUGCAGAUUAUCUGAACCGUUUUUCGAAGAUGUUUUCUGGGGUUGGAACAGAUCUUCUCACCAGCAACCUCCUAUGAGAGGUUCUAGAGUGGAAACAAAGGUUCUGCAUCAUGGUCCUGUGAACCCUCAAAGAUCACUUCCUUUUCGGCAGUCGAGCUUUACAGCUCAUCCCAAAUAUCAGAUGUCAGAACAUCCUGUCAAAAGUUUUUGCUCUGACUCGCAACUCUAUGAUGUAGAGCUUGAGGUGAAAGCCAACCAUCGGCCACAAAAUGUUUCUUUGGUUUCUCUUGUGAGCAAAAUAGAUGGUAAAGCAAUUGUUGGCCAUCCCUUAACAGUUGAGGUGUUGGAUGAUGGCUUUUGUGAUCGUAUGAUGAGUGACAUUAAAUAUGAUGCAACUCAUUUGGCACCUUCCACAGUGAAAAAAGCCAGUUAUGCUGUUAAAAGAAAAUUUGAGGUUGGAAGAAAAUCUGCCAAAGAUAUGUCUCAGAAGCCACGCUCUUCUCGGAGCAAAUCAUCCAAAGUGAAGAAAGGUGGGCUAAUGUCUAAGAAGAUCCGGAAACUGUCAUCACUGACUGGCCAAAGAAGUGAAGAAGAGAGGAAACCGACGUUUGCAAAGAUCAAGGAUCCUGUUAUAACCUGUAUACCUCUAAAAUUAGUGUUCAGUAGGAUAAACGAGGCAAUUAAUGGUUUGGCACGACCGACUCAUCGUGCUUUAACUCUUGGUAACUCUUGAAUUGUGUUUUUUUUUUUGGGAUUAUUGAUCCACCGAGGGAGCCGAGCCUUCUGCCAGUUGGAACCGUUCCUGCCCUGAAGGUGGCUGCAAUGCCACCAUGUUCUGUUGUAGAAAGGAGUUGAAUUCCGUAGGAGGUAGAAAGGAGUUGAAUUCUGUAGGCGAGUGGCUGCGACGGCGCUGUAUAUAAUGUAACAUUAGCUCAGGUGUAGUCAUGGGAAGUUGGUAUUAAGCAUCGGUGGGCGAUGGGCAUACAUUAGUGUUUUUUUUUUUUUGUCUUUCGAAUAUUAAGUUUAAUUUAUGAAUUUAGAUUGAUCCUGUUUGGUACA